AUGUACAAGACCGCUCUCCUUACUCUCGCAGCUACCGCUUCUCUUGUCGUUGCAGACGACUUCAAGAGAACUGACGGCAAAGGUUCAUGUAACGUCGGUGAUGUCAAAGAUUACGAAGAAGCAACAGCUGAAGAGAAGGACUUGAUUGGACUCAACGAUGUCGUCGGUCAACUUGGUAUUGAAUGUUCACAAAUUCCAAUCAUCGGUGUUGCUUUGCAAGAUAUGUGCAAGGUUACCCCAGUUUGUUGCGAAAAUGUUGAACAAAACGGUUUGAUCAACCUUGGUUGCUCUCCACUUUCACUUAUCUAGAGUGUAUUUUACC